AUGCCUUACUACGACUACGUCGACGAUAAGCGAACCUUCCAGCGCGGCAUCUUCUCAUUCUUUGCAUUGGUUCUUGCAGGCCUCUGUUUUGCAAACCCUGGUGGUAUCUUCAGAAGCCUGUCCGAGUCGGACUCGUCGAGNCAGCAACAGCAGCAGCCAGAGCAGCCUGGACGAACCCCUUCCCCGAGAAGGGCUCACCAUCACACCUCUUCGCGGGAUGGCAUGAGGGCUCGUUAUCCCUACCCUCCGGAUCAGGACUACGCCCUCCACACCCACCAUCACCACAGCCAUCACCAAAGACACAACUCGCCUCAAUCAACCCAUUCGAGAGCAGACGACCCCUUCGCUUGGGAGAACACCCUCAAGGGGCUCUGA